CUUAAAGCUUUGCUUGCUCUUCUUCCUUCCUUAUCUUCACUCUUUCUCUAUAGAGUUACUAUACACCUAGUCCUACAUCAAUUCUUCAAAACAAAAAUUCCAGCCCAUCCCACAAACCCUAAAAAGAAAAACCAAACCCAACCAAAAAAAAAAAAAAAACAAUCUUUAUAGUUUUAUAGAGAGCGUGAGAGAGACCCACCAAAAGAUUAAAUAAGGGUCACUCACAGUCUCUCAUAAAAAAGCAUUUUAGAGUCUCUCUCUCUCUCUCUCACACUUACCCUAUUAUUUCCAUGCGAUCAUGGAUGGAGGUGAUGAACGACUCCACCGUCCAAAUUUCCCAUUCCAAUUGCUAGAAAAGAAAGAAGACGAACCUUGUUCCACUUCUCCUUACCCUUCUUUAGCUAUAUCCCAAGACCCCAACAAUAACAACAACAACAACAACACUUGUACAACUGCUCUCACCACCACUCUUCAACCCACAAAUUCUACUACUUCUUCAGCUAUUUCUGCUGCUGCUGCUGAAGCUUCAAAAAAGCCACCACCGAAGCGAACCUCCACCAAGGACCGCCACACAAAAGUUGAUGGCCGCGGCCGCCGUAUCCGAAUGCCGGCACUCUGUGCCGCCAGGGUUUUUCAGCUCACACGUGAACUGGGUCACAAGUCCGAUGGUGAAACCAUUGAAUGGCUACUUCAACAAGCUGAGCCUGCUGUGAUCGCUGCCACUGGUACCGGUACUAUCCCAGCUAAUUUCACUUCUCUAAAUAUCUCUCUAAGAAGCUCUGGUUCAAGCAUGUCUGUACCUUCUCAACUAAGAUCCUCGUACUUCAAUCCAAGCUUCAAUAUCCAACAACAUCAUCAGCAACAACAGCAAAGGAGAUCAUCAAGCUUGUUUCCAGGUAUUGGGCUAUCAUCAGAAAGCACUUCCACGCUUCUUAAUUUCCAAACAAGUAGUAACCUCAACACCAUGUUACAAGCUAAGCAAGAAUUGAGGGACGCCCCGUCAUCCUUGGACUUGUCGGAGACAACAGAGGAGAGUAUAGGAGGGAGGAAGAGAAGACAGGAACAGGACUUGUCUCCACAGUCGCAGCAGCAACAAAUGGGGAGCUAUUUGUUGCAAUCUAGCGCCGGAGCAAUUCCGGCCAGCCACGGUCAGAUUCCGGCGAAUUUUUGGAUGGUUGCUAAUUCUAAUAACCAAGUUAUGAGUGGUGACCCUAUUUGGACAUUUCCUUCGGUUAAUAAUAGUGCUGCUUUGUAUAGGGGAAAUAUGUCUAGUGGGUUACAUUUUAUGAAUUUUCCUGCCCCAAUGGCCCUAUUGCCUAGUCAACAAUUGGGGUCGGGAAUAGGUGGCGGUGGUGGUGGAGGCGGCAGUGGUGGUAAUAAUAUGAGUGAUGGACACUUGAAUAUGCUUGCCGGACUCAAUCCAUAUCGGCCUAGUGUUUCAGAGGCGAGUGGGUCUCACUCACAUCAUGGUGGUGGUGGUGGUAGCGAUGAUCGGCACGACACAACUAGUCACCAUUCAUAAAUCAUCAUCAUCAAGCUCAUCCCCACAUGUGUAGUAGUUUGAUGUGUAACACACGUGAGGACUGAUUGAUUGCUCUUAAAAAUUUGAGUUUUUAUUUAUUUUCCCAAUUUUUUUUUCCCUUUUGUGUGAUUAAUAUUGAGGUUUUUAGGGUUUGGGAAGACACUAUUUAACAUGGGUAUUGGCUGGUUUUUGCUGAAA